UCGUGCUCUCUGUGAUGUGACUGAGGUGGGAAACAUCCACACUCUCUGAUGAACUGAACCACUCUGUGUUUUCAUCCUCUCCAUUAAAAACAAUCAGAAGCGAACAGGCACCACCGACGUGAUCCUGCCCGCACACAUCACGCACGGUUGUCUGGAUGGAAUGUGACGCCACGGCUCCGUGCGUGAAGUCUCGCGGAGUAAAACCACCGGCCAUUUUUCUCCGUGUACAGCAGCAGGACACUUUGUGCCUCAGUGAGCCCGACGACCACUUUUCUGGUUGAGCCUCCAAGUUUUGGCAAGUUUCAUUUUGUCCUCCGAGCCUCCAAAGCGACGACGGACGGGACGCGGGCCAUGUUUGCGUGUAGCCCCGCAAAGUUUCUUCGCUGACAUCCCUGUCCGGAUAGAUGCUCGUCUAAACUGUCGCCCAAAUGGAGAUGGUGCCCAGCGAGGAGAACCAGUUCGUAUCCAAAGAGGGUGUUUUUUGGAGUUGCAGACAAAGUAUUUUUGAUGAGAUGAAGAAAAAGAUUUCUCAGAUCCAAAAUGCAGCUGAGGAGCCCAGAGUGUUGUGUAUCAUCCAGGACACAACCUGUGCAAAGACAGUCAAUGAGAGGCUGACCCUAAACCUGCCGGCUUCCACCGCCCUCUCCACUUUUUAUAAAGAUGUUGCCCAAAAAGCCGGAUAUGUCAAUGGCACAUUUGAUCUUGUUUGGGGAAAUACAUUGGACAUGAAACCUCUAGACCACAACAGUGAGAUGUCCCUCUCAGAAUCUGGGUUUGAGCCUGGUGGUAAGAGGAAUUUUCUCCAGCUUACAGACAAAGAAGGAGAGCAGCCCAAGAUUGCAUCGGAUGAGUCAGGAGCAGCAGACAGCAGUGGACUGGAUGAUAGCUCACAGGAGCGGUUUAUUGGGCCCCUACCAAGAGACGCCACUGCAGGCUGCAGUGGUGACUACAGCAGUCCAUCUUACUCCUACUCAUCCAUCCUCAACAAAUCUGAGACGGGUUACGUGGGCUUGGUUAACCAAGCAAUGACCUGCUAUUUGAACAGUCUUCUACAAACACUGUUCAUGACCCCAGAGUUCAGAAAUGCACUCUACAACUGGGAGUUUGAGGAGUCGGAGGAGGAUCCAGUCACAAGUAUCCCCUACCAGCUGCAAAGACUAUUUGUCCUGCUGCAGACAAGUAAGAAACGGGCGAUUGAGACCACUGAUGUGACCCGGAGCUUUGGUUGGGACAGCAGCGAGGCUUGGCAGCAGCAUGACAUCCAGGAGCUGUGCAGGGUCAUGUUUGAUGCCCUGGAACAAAAGUGGAAGCAGACAGAGCAGGCUGACCUGAUCAACCAGCUCUACCAGGGGAAGCUGAAGGAUUAUGUCCGUUGUCUGGAGUGUGGCUAUGAGAGCUGGAGGAUUGACACUUACCUGGACAUCCCUCUUGUGAUCAGACCCUUCGGAGUCAGCCAGGCCUAUGGCAGUGUGGAGGAGGCUUUGCAGGCAUUCAUCCAACCAGAAACCCUGGAUGGGCCCAACCAGUACUUCUGUGAACGUUGCAAAAAGAAAUGCGACGCCCGAAAGGGUCUAAGAUUUCUGCACUUCCCCUACCUGCUGACGCUGCAGCUGAAACGGUUUGAUUUCGACUACACCACUAUGCAUCGCAUCAAGCUGAAUGACCGCAUGACUUUCCCAGAGGAACUUGACAUGAGCCCAUUCAUUGAUGUGGAAGACGAGAAGUCGCCUCAGACUGAGAGCUGCACUGACAGUGGAGCGGAGAAUGAAGGCAGUUGCCACAGCGACCAGAUGAGCAAUGAUUUUUCCACUGAUGACUGUGUGGAUGAGGGCAUCUGCUUGGACAGCACCGGCAGCACAGAGAGGGUGCUGAAGCCAAAGAGUUUGCUGACCUUUGAGCUGUUCUCCGUCAUGGUCCAUUCUGGAAGUGCUGCUGGUGGCCAUUACUAUGCCUGCAUCAAAUCCUUCAGCGAUGGCCAGUGGUACAGUUUCAACGAUCAGCACGUUAGCAAGAUCACCCAGGAUGAUAUAAGAAAGACACAUGGGGGGUCGUCAGGGAACAGAGGCUAUUAUUCUAGUGCCUUUGCAAGCUCUACAAAUGCAUAUAUGCUGAUCUAUAGACUGAAAGAUCCCUCAAGGAAUGCAAAGUAUUUAUCUGUGGAAGACUUCCCAGAGCACAUAACGAGUUUGGUUCAGAAGGAGAAAGAGUCUGAAGAGCAGGAAAAGAGACAGAGGGAGAUAGAGCGCAAUACCUGCAAGAUCAAGCUGUUCUGUAUGCAUCCUGUUAAGCUGAUGAUGGAGAGCAAGCUGGAAGUUCACAAGGACAAAACACUCAGAGAAGCAACAGAGAUGGCCUACAAGCUGAUGGAGCUGGAGGGGGUCGUCGCUCUUGACUGUUGUCGCUUGGUCAAGUAUGACGAGUUCCACGAGUACCUGGAGCGCUCUUAUGAGGGGGAGGAGGACACACUGAUGGGUCUCCUGUUGGGAGGAGUCAAGUCCUCGUACAUGUUCGACUUGCUGCUGGAGACCCGCCGGCCUGAGCAAGUGUUCCAGCCUUACAAACCUGGAGAGGUGAUGGUGAAGGUUCAUGUUGUGGAUCUGAAGAGUGAGACCAUUGCCUCCUCAAUCAGCGUUCGGGCUUACUUGAACCAGACAAUCACUGAAUUCAAACAGCUUAUUGCACAGGCUACAGGGCUAUCAGCAGAAACCAUGCGUGUGGUCCUUGAGCGCUGCUACAACGACCUCCGUCUCCUCUAUGUUCCAAACAAGACCUUGAAAGCUGAGGGAUUCUUCAGGAGUAACAAGGUUUUCAUAGAGAGCUCGGAGUCGACGGAUCAUCAGGUUGCUUUCACUGACUCAGUCUUGUGGAAACUGUUGGAUCGUCACGGGAACACGAUCCGACUCCUGGUCUUACUGCCUGAGCAGUCGCCUGGCACCUUGGCCAACAGAACUCUUUGCCAAAAAGUGGGAGAUGACUCUGAUGUGCCCUUCGAUGGGUCCAAUGGUAACAGGAAGUCUGUCGAGGCUAUACUAGAGGAGAGCACAGAAAAGUUAAAGAAUCUGUCUCUGCAGCAGCAGCAGCAGCAGCAGCAGCAGCAGCAGCAGGGCUCCAGCAACAGUGACAGCCAGAAAAGCUCUGAUGCCAGCGACUUUGAACAUAUCGAGUCUCCGACCCAAGAGGCUGACUCAAACUCCUCACUGUGCGUCGCUGCAGACAACAGAGAGUUGGAGAACCGGAUUAGGGCCACAGCUGGCUGCAGCGGUGGUGCCUCCUCUGACCCCUGUGAGGAGCGCUCAGACUCUGAGGUGAACAAUGACCGCAGCACCAGCUCAGUGGACAGCGACAUUCUCAGCUCCAGCCACAGCAGUGACACUCUGUGUAAUGCAGACAGCGGGCCCUUACAAUUGGCCAAUGGCCUGGACUCGCACAGCAUCACGAGUAGCCGGCGCUCCAAAGCUCAUGAGGGCAAAAAAGAGACGUGGGACACUGCUGAAGAAGACUCUGGGACCGAUAGCGAGUAUGACGACAACGGGAAGAGCAAGGCGGAGGCUCAUUACCUUUACUUCAGAGCAGAACCUUGUUCUCAGGAUGACUCCUCGUGGGAUUCACAAAAAUGUUUAGUAGUUCACGUGGACAAGAGAAUAACAUUAGCAGCGUUUAAACAGAAUCUGGAGCCCUACGUCGGAGUGACGUCGACGCAGUUCAAGGUGUUCCGGGUGUACGCCAACAACCAGGAGUUUGAGAGUGUCCGGCUAAACGAAACGCUGUCAUCCUUCUCUGAUGAUAAUAAGGAGGGAUUCAUUUGUUGGGAUAGCACUGAGGAGCCUAUGGAGCUGUCGGAGGAUGAGCGCAACGAGCUGAUGAAGAAGGAGAGCAGCCGUCUGCUGAAGACCGGUCACCGUGUCAGCUACUCGCCACGCAAGGAGAAAGCCCUCAAGAUCUACAUAGAUGGAGGCCCUGCCAAAGACCCGGGGCAGGACUGAGGUGCAGAGAACCGCUCCUGGUUACUUACAUCUGGCUGCUGUAGCAUAGCAACCAGGCUUUGGGUGUCAGUCAUAGCGUCGGGCCUGGUAGUGAACAUCAAGCAGCGCUGCGAGACGUGCUCUCAGCCUCCACCCGCAGCCCCCGGACUGGCUCAGAAACCUUAUUGUGCACUAUAGUGUAUUGUACUGUAAAGUUUAAAGGGAAGUACAUCAGCUAUUCGACACAGAAGAAUCAAAUACUGUACAGAAAAAUCAGGUGCAGGGAUGGGUGCGGAGACGUUAGAACUGUGAACAUGGGCUGGAAGUCACGCAUCCAAUUUGAUUGCCCUGUUUUUACAUCUUCAUCUGUCUCCUUCACUCUCUCCACCGUCACUCCACGUCUUCCUGUUUCGGACAUAAUGUUGAUUCCGAUUAGUCUGUUACCAUCUUGUAAGUCCAACUGCUCACACCUUUUGCUCCAGCAGAGAAAUCAUUCUUCUCCUCCAUUGUUCACCUUACUGAUCAAGACACACAACCAUGAACUACUUAUCAAGCCUCCCCAGUCUUACUUCCUCUGGUCGAGUCAAACCUCAACCUCAGUGACUCUACAACCAGCUGAGGUGUCAUUUAUCCACAAGAUUUGAUGAAUAGAAAAAAGCAACAAUUAAUAAUUUUGUAAACUGGAGGUUGUUUCUGAAUCUCCCAUGAUGCAAGAGUCAUGUGUCGUUUCUUUGGUUCUUACUGCUGCUCAUUGUGCAUUAUAGGAACUUUGCCACUGUUGCAUCACUUCCACUAGAUUAAAUAAGACAUUGGCUUAUUGAUCCUUAACCUCAAAGUACAAUGAAUCAAGUCAACCAUGUAAAGAUAAUCCUUGUUUUGUUUUUGUUUGUUGUAAAUUAUUAUUUUUGCUCCAGACUUGAUUAUUCAAUUAGGUCUCAUGAGGCACCAGGUACACAUCUGUUGUCUGUAUUAACCUUUAAUUUAGAAAGUGGAUUUGUUUGUUUUGGUUUUUUUUGCACCAUAUGAACUGGGUGUACAUCUCGUGUCAUCUACAUGUGUGUGUGUGUAUGUGUGGUGUUGUACCGAGGGGUGGGAGCUCUCUGGGCUUGAUAGACUGACACCAGAGGGUGGAGGAAGCCCGCUGGACCCCUCAGUCCACCCAGGGGACUGCUCCUGGGACUGAAGCUCAGCAUCGCGGCUCGUCUGGGCGGCUGAUGCUGUCACCAGCUAUUCACUGUAGAAAUGCCAAUAUCUGAAGACAUUUUUUUGAUGUUUAUUUCUUUUGAGAUUUAAAUUGUGUGAAAAUAGUUUAAAAUGAUUUUAGAGUUA